AUGUCUGGUCUCCUCAGCUACUUUAGCUGGGAUAGGAAGAGGGCGGUCGAGCCAAAGGAGGAGGUGAAGAAGGUGGAGGAAAAGCAACAGCCCGUUCGAGCUCUACCUGCGUCAUGGUACACUUCCCCUGAUAUGUACGAGUUUGAGCGCCGUGCUGUUUUUGCCAACCGAUGGCUCUUCAUGACAACAACUCUGCGCAUUCUCAACGCCGGCGACUACAUCCGAUACCGGUUUGCGGGCUACGACAUCAUCAUUAUUCGUAAUCAGGAGAACGAGGUCAAGGCCUUCCACAACACAUCCAAGCAGUCUCAGCAGGUGUUGAUUGACAACAACACUAAGGAGGCUUCAGGGCACAUCAACCUUGCUGAUUUCUCGACCCCUGCCGAUGACGUCUUCCCUAUCCAUACCAGAAUCGAUCGUAAUGGUUUCAUAUGGAUCAACCUGGAUGCCACGGCGACACCCGAGAUCCCCUUCGACCAGUGCUUCAAAGACGUCGACAUCCAAGAGCGUUAUGCCCCCAUCGAUUUCAAGAACUACGACCUCAACCACGUCUACACACUCGAAACCGAGUACAACUGGAAGAUCGCAUCCGACAACUUCAACGAGUGCUACCACUGUCCAACCACACACCCCGACAUUCCCGCUUUCCUCAACCUCGACUCCUUUGACAGCGCGCUCAAGGACGGACACAUCCAGCACGCCUGCGCGCCCACACAGGAGCAAAUCGAUCUCGGCGUCAACGUCCACAGCACAUACUACUUCCCCAACGUCUCCAUGACCGUGGGCAAGCACUUUCUCAUGAUCCAGAAGUUCCUGCCGCACUCGCCCAGCACAUCGACGAGCCACUACGAGGUCUUCAAGGCGAAGACGAGCUCGGACGAGGAGUUCCAUCUCAUUGCCGACAUGUACGAGCGCGUUAUGCGUGAGGAUAAGGUGCUGUGUAAUAACGCGCAGAAGAAUUUGAACAGAGGCGUUUUUAAGGCGGGGUACCUGCAUCCAAAGUAUGAGAAGGCGCCGAUUUUCUUCCAGCAGAAUUGCCGCGAGGUUGUGAAUGAGCAUUGGAAGAGGGAGAAGAGGGAGGGGAGGGAGGUGCAUCCUGCUAAGCAGCCGGGCUUGACUUUCGAUGGUCCGGCGCAGAAGGCUGAGAUUGAGACUGGAACCGGGAUGGAGCAGGGCGCGCAGAAGGGGGUACUCGCUUGGUAG